AUGCCAGAUAUGGCAAGCUUGGUUCCGAGCAACUUCGCCCCGAGCGAAGAGUCGCAUGGACUUGGAACAUUCCUGGAGGGCAUCACCAACGUCGACAGUUGCGUUCCUGCUCCUGAGCUUUCAAGAAACUCGCUUGCAGGAUCUUCUUACAUCUUCCCACUGGCACCUAACUCAGACAGCAUCAACACCAGCAAUGCCAAUGUAACACUGGUGACGCUAGAGUAUUGGUCACAGCGCUACAUCUCUCACAGCUGCCGUCAGCUCAUCAUCUCGUUAGUCCGAGCAUUUCCACGCAUGAUAGUCAAGCCUGAAAGUCUACCGCCUUUCAUCCACCGCGUUGGCUGUGGCCUGGAGUACAACGAUAAUGAACCGUGCCAGAUGGUUGUAGAGUCAGGAGCUCCCGUGUUUGCUCCAUUGAGACCGUUAGCUGGCUGUGUCAACAUCGCCCGCAUAUUUGUCUCGAGAGUGCCCAACUCAGAGGACUUCCUUUGGCAGACAAUAGAGGCCGAACAGCGGCGGAUCAGGGAUGCAAUGCCCCAGCUAUCCCCCGGCGAAACGUUGGCAUCAAUACAAGCCAUGGUCAUGUACACAAUCAUGCGUUUGAUGCAUUCAGGGUACCAGCAUUUUAUUUUGAACCGCGAGAUGCUACGGACGAUGAAGGAUCUGUCACAUCGAUUUGCCCAGGUUCACUCUGGUCCCUUUAACCCGCCGCAUAUCCGAGCCACUCGGCCAACUUGGGAGGAAUGGAUAUUUGAAGAGACAAGGCGAAGACUCGCCAUCGUCUGCUUUCUCCUGGCGUUGAUUGUUGGCUGCGAGGCAUGCGACGUCAUCCUGAACCCAUACGCCAUUCCCUUGCCUGGGAGCAAGGCGCUCUGGGAGGCCAGAUCUGCCGACGAAUGGGAGAGAGUCUAUGAUGAGUGGUGGGCCGACCUCAAGAGUGGAAAGCCACGACUAGAUACUCUCGGUGACCUUGUCAUGGCGAAACAUGCCUCAGAGAGCUCGCAGGCGUUGAUGCAUGGAAGAUUCGGGAGUGGCAUCGACGAUAUCCUUGACGAUUGGCAUGCCCACCUGGACCAGCUUGGGAUGAUGCUCGCUGCUGUAUUAGCCGGGCUUUGA